GAAAUCUGAAGGUUGAGCAACUGAGCAUUGCCAUUGAACAAUAGUUUUGCUUUCGUUCUCAUUAGAAUUUUGCUUUGUCAGUGUAGUUAGGCCUUUUUACUUACAUCACUUUAACAUUACAAUUGUUCAUUUUAGUAGGAUUCAUUUUCUUUCAAUAAUAUAUUUUCUUUAUGUGAAAAAACUAAUUUAAUUCAGUUGCAAAAAUGGAUCCGGGAAUCCUUUGUUUCCACCAUUGUGAUCAUAAAGUUUUUUGCACCAUUAUUCCUGAGAAAUGCCCUGUUUGUCAUCAAACACUCGACAGAUAUGACUAUAAUCUGUUACCCUUUAGAGUGCCCUAUCCUUUUGUAAAAGCUUCUCAGCAUCCACGAGCUAUAAUUAUGAAGCCGACCCACGGGGACUUCCUCAAUGACUACUAUAAUUCUAAGGAUUUACAUAUCGGGGUGACUAACUCCCAAGGGAGUGUUAUUGAAUUCAGUGAAGAGGGGAUAAGGGGUGUUGAUCCCUUGACCAAAAAGUGGAGUCAAUGUGACACAAGUUCAGACUGGGACCAAUGUUUGCUAUUAGAGCAAUUUGAUGAACUUUGGAAUGAAAUUUGGGAUGGUAUCCUCAUCAAGGUGAGCUCAAGCCCUCUCUGGGAACCUGAGAGAUAUAAUGAAGAACGUCACAAUUGCUUUACUUUUGUGCUGGCAUUUUUGAGAGCUCUAGAUUGUGGUGAGCUCUCUGAAAAGGCCCAAGAUCCAAAGCUGUUUUGUAAACAGUAUGUUGUGCCACGGACAUCAGCUGCUGGGAAAUACAUAUCUCUAUACAGACAGCUCAAGAGACAAAGCUACUUUAUACAGAACCAAUGAUAGCUUUAUGAGUUUUUUUUAUGUAUUUAUUAUGAUUUUCAGUAUUAACUGUGAUUGAAAUUAGAUUUAAGGGCCGUGAAAUACUGUGCAUUUAAUUUACCCAAAGGAAAGCUUAAUGUAAUUUAUUACUUACUAUAUUAUUAUAUUUAAAUGUUAUUUUCAAUGUGCAUUAUAUUUUUAUUAAUUACUAAAAAUAACUUAUAAUAAAUAUUUAUGGUAGGUUUGAAGAUGUUAUGUAGAGGUCUAUAUAAGGCUGUGUUAGUGUUUUAUGUCAGUGAAUUGUUUUUUGUAUUUAAUUUCAAAUCGAUCAUUCCAUCCGAACAAUGAUAUAAGCAAAAUUUCAUUUAUAUUUCUAUCAAAACACAUUUAUUAAUGUAAUUAUAAAUUAGUGUACUUGUCAAAGCAAAUUUCACUGUCAAUCUUCUAAUUACUCCAUUAAUACAUUUCAUAUAACUAUUUUAUCACAAUUAAAAUUUAUCAUUCAUAUAUUCAAUAAAGAUACUCAUAAUUCACAUUAUAGCCAUGCUUAAGGGAAUUGUCAUGUAGUCAAUUAGUGUUUUAGAUCCUUUUACAAAUAAUACUUAAAACUGUACAUUUCUGUAGUUGCUGGACAAACUUAUUGUAUUUAUUGCACUAUCAUUCUUCCUUUCAAAUUAAUAGGUUUAAAAGUGAUCUUAAUGUGUAAUCCCACUUAUUGGACUUUUUUUAUUAUCUCAACACUAUCCACUUAUAAGUUGAGAACUAAAUAGUUCAGAUCUUUUAUUAAUCCACAAUCUUCCAAUAUAAAACAGUACUAUUUGAUGUAAUGUGUGAGAUAUCUACAAUUUUGCUAUCAUCUAGUGAGAGUCAAAUGGUAAUGUUCAAUGUGGUAUGGUUAUGAUUGUAUGAGAGAUUUUGAUAAGCAGUUUUUGUAGUAUUUUUACUGGAAUAGCUUGUAAUUAUGUAGUGAUAUCUGUCUUGUAGAAUUUAUGUUAGCUGGACCACAGGGUAGAAAUUGUUUGCAAGUGUUUUUAUAGUAAACUUGGCCUACUGAUUUUUUUGUGUGAGUAUUAAUGGAAAUUGAUACGCUGUAGUGAUAUUGCACAAAACAAUUUCUAUCCUGUUGUAUGUGAGGGGUUAAGUCCCAAAACUUUCUGCAUUAUGCAUACUGCCACAUUUGGGACUAAAAUUUAGAUAUAUUUAAUGUGUCUAUGAAUCUUGUCUAAUACUCAGUCUUCGAAUUACGUUUAAUAAGUGUUGUAAGUGAUAUUGUCCUAUUCUAAUCUCGAUGGUUCUCAUAAUACGCCCGUAGCUGUAGUUGAGACUUACUUGCUCAAAUUAAUUGUUUAACUCGAAUUAUUUGUAUCUUGCCCUUACAUUAAGUGCUCAACUAAGCUGGCGGGAUGUUCCUACAGUUAAAUCGAGAAUUGAAAUAAUGGAUUUUUAAGGCAAAUUUUCUAGGUGCUAUGAUAGGAAUAAAAUAUUUGUUCAUACUUGAUGUAGUUUCAUUGAAACACCUUGUGACCUUUUAAUGUUUAUUUUAUGCAUAAAAUAAUCUAGUUACAUUAAUAAUAUUACACAAAUACAUUAAUAAUACAGUUUUGAGGUAAAAUUAAUCUACGGUGUGUGUAUAAUUAGGCGGCAACUUUAACUGGUGCAGAUUCUAGGCCAA